AUGGGCAGCACGGGGGGGGGGGGGGGGGACGGUACAGGAGGGGGGGGGGGGGGCGCGCGUCUCUCCUCAGGGCGCCAAAACGGACGGGCGGGGGGGGCCGCGCGCGGCUCCCCAGGGCGCCGCGACGGACGGGCGGGGGGCGCACGCGGCUCCCCAGGGCGCCGCGACAAGAAGGGCGGGGGCCGCGCCUCUGCAAGAGUACCUCUCACCCUCUGCUCCACCUCCUUCCUAUCCCCCCUCCCCUUUCCCUCCCCCCCUCCUCUCAAAUGUUUCUACCCUCUCAUGUUUUAA